AUGUCGCUUCUUCGACAGACCGCUUCGAGCCAGAUCGCCUGCCCCUUGGCUGGUCUGGUGAGCGCUUCGGCUCGCCAGUGCGUUCAACCUGCUCUCUCUUCGCGACCUGUUCCGGCUUCUCGACGUGGACGAGCCACAGCCGUCGACCCUAACGAACCAGCUGCCAACGCUCUCGCUUCUUCUUCCUCCUCCUCGUCCGCCUCUUCAUCUAUCUCCGCAGCAGCUCCUCUUGCCUUUGCAGCUUCUACAUUGCCUGCCAACGAGGGCGCUAUUCGACACAAUUGGUCUCGCAAGGAGGUGCAGGAGAUCUACGAUUCUCCACUCCUCCAGCUCGUCUUCCGUUCCGCCAAUGUCCAUCGUAUGCACCACCCCGUCAACCGUGUCCAGCUCUGCACCCUCAUGAACAUCAAGGAGGGCGGCUGCUCCGAAGACUGCGGAUACUGCUCUCAGUCGAGCAGGUACGAGACUCCAUCUAACGCUUCCAAGCUUGAAGACCUCGAGACCGUUCUUACUGAGGCACGCAAAGCCAAGGCCAAUGGAAGCACCCGUUUCUGCAUGGGUGCCGCUUGGAGAGAAGUUGGUGGCCGCAAGCGUGGUUUCAAUCGCAUUCUCGACAUGGUCCGUGAGAUCCGCGGUAUGGGCAUGGAGGUCUGCACCACUCUCGGCAUGUUGACCACCGAGCAGGCAAAGCAGCUCAAGCAGGCCGGUCUCACUGCCUACAACCACAACCUUGACACCUCGCGUGAAUACUACGGCAAGGUCGUCACCACCCGCAGCUACGAUGACCGUAUCGGAACCAUUGCCAACGUUCGUGAGGCCGGUAUCUCGGUCUGCUCCGGUGGCAUUCUCGGUCUUGGAGAGGAGCACGAGGACCGCGUCGGUCUCAUUUGGGAGAUGAGCACGCUUCCUGAACACCCAGAAAGCUUCCCCGUCAAUGCUCUUGUUGCUAUCCCUGGUACACCGAUGGAGGCUAACGAGCCCAUCACGUUCCAGGACAUGUUGCGCACCGUUGCCACUGCACGUAUUGUUCUUCCCGGUUCCAUCAUCCGUCUCGCAGCUGGUCGUCAUCUCUUCACCGAGUCGGAGCAGGCUAUGGCUUUCCUUGCAGGUGCCAACGCCAUCUUCACCGGUGAAAGGAUGCUUACCACCCCAACCUCUUCUUGGGAUGAGGACAAGGCCAUGCUCAGUCGAUGGGGUCUCCGUGGAAUGGGUAGCUUCGAGGAUAAGACCAUGGCUCCUCACCUCUCGGCCAUUCCUUCUCCAGCAGCUGACAGCGUUUCAGUCGAGGAUCGUCGUGCCAAGGCUAACGCCAGCCAGGCUUUCCAGACCGCCUAG